GGGCCCAGAAAAGGAAAUGAAACUGGGAGUUAUAAAUGAAUGGAUGUUUGCCAUUGGUAAAAAUCUAGGUCACUGACAGCUGCAGUCAGGCAUAAGCGAGCGUUUGUUAUUCGAUUCUUCUAGAGCAUUUCUAGCACGCUGCUGCGGGCAUGACAGAGUGUGAUGUUUAUCUUUCAUUACCUGCCAGCUCCCCACUGGAAAAGGCCUUGCUGGAAGGCGUCACCUGAUGUCUUUGUGGAAGCACCAUAUAAAUGUGUGUUGGGAGCAGGGCGUGGGGGUACCCUGGUCUUCAAAGCUGGCUUGAAGAAAAGCACGUUGAGAUGAAUGAUGAAGAAGGGGAACUUCUGCACGAGGACUCAACAAAAGUUGAAGGUAAUGAGGCUGAAGCCAGCAGGAUGAAUAAAUUAAGAAGGACAAGAAAAAAAGUCGUCAAACCACAUCUCUGUCCCAUGCAAGUGGGAGACAUGAGCACGUCGAACUCAAAUGAGAGGAACAGAAGCCAAAUGGUGUGCCACAACCUGGGAGACACGAGCAAACCUGCUGAAUCUCAUCUGCCACACAGCGACAAGGACUCCCAGGAUCAAACAGCAGUGAUGAAAACGUCACCUCCCCAAAUAUCAACCAGCACUCUGGCUGGUGAAUUUAACCCGAACUCUGAUCGUGGUAGGAACAGCACUCAGAUUUUGACUCCACCUCAACUUUCUUCUAAAAUGAAGCACAUUAAGCAGGAGAUGGCCAAAAAUCACCUCCAGUUUGUGCGUUUUGAAGCCACGGAUCUGCACGGAGUGUCUAGAUCCAAGACCAUCCUUGCAUACUUCUUCCAAGAAAAAGUGACCCAGGGUGUCUUCAUGCCGCGCGGCUAUCUCGAGUUGAUCCCCAAUCCUAAAGACAGCGAAGUGAACCACAUAAGAGCCACGUGCUUCAACAGCGACGUCGUCCUCAUGCCGGAGCUCUCCACCUUCAGAGUGCUGCCCUGGGUGGAGAGAACGGCCCGCGUGAUCUGCGACACCUUCACGGUGACCGGGGAGCCCCUGCUGACCUCCCCGAGGUACAUGGCCAAGAGGCAGCUGGGCCAGCUGCAGGACGCGGGCUUCUCCCUGCUCUCUGCCUUCCUCUAUGACUUCUGCAUCUUCGGCGUGCCUGAGGUCAUCAAUUCCAAGGCGGUAUCCUUUCCCGCUUCGACGUUCCUGUAUAACCACGACCAGCCCUUCAUGCAGGAGCUCGUGGAUGGCUUGUACCACACCGGGGCCACCGUGGAGACCUUUUCCUCUUCUACCAGGCCCGGUCAGAUGGAAAUCUGUUUUCUCCCCGAAUUUGGCAUCACUUCGGCCGAUAAUGCCUUUACCCUCCGAACAGGCGUCAAAGAAGUAGCCAGGAAAUACAAUUACAUCGCCAGCUUUUUCGUGGAGACCGGUUUCUGCAAUUCGGGAAUUCUGUCUCACAGCAUCUGGGAUGUCGGUGGGAAGAGAAACGUGUUCUGCAGCGGUCCUGGCGUCGAGCAGCUGUCGGUGCCUGGGAGAAAGUGGCUGGCGGGACUUCUGAAACACUCCGCGGCCCUCAGCUGCUUGAUGGCGCCUGCGGCCAGCUGCCGCAAGCGAUACUCGAAGGACAGCAAAGACCUCAAGUCCACUGUGCCCACGACCUGGGGCUACAAUGACAACAGCUGCGCUUUCAACAUCAAAAGCCACGGUGGGAGAGGUACGUGCAUAGAGAACAAGCUGGGCUCGGCCACCGCCAACCCGUACCUGGUGCUGGCUGCCACCGUGGCGGCAGGCCUGGAUGGGCUGCAGAGCUGGGACGACGACGCCCUGGUUGGGGCCGGUGACAGCGCGGAGCUUUGCCAGCUCCCACCGGCCGAGAUCCCUUUGAAACUGGAAGAUGCGCUUGUGGCCCUGGAGGAGGACCAGUGUCUGAGACAGGCUCUGGGAGAGACUUUCAUUCGCUACUUUGUUGCCAUGAAGAAAUACGAGCUGGAAAAUGAAGAAACAGAUGCAGAGAGAAACAAAUUCUUGGAGUAUUUUAUUUAGAAGAGAACCCUUCGUUCCUCCCUUUGAGGCCUUAUAUUGGCGUAUGCAGCUAAUAGAUCAGCAUGAGAAGAUCGAACGUUUGUAAUUAACCACAGGCCUGCCCAUGCUUACCCUCUCUGUCUUAUUGUCCUCAUGGGAUCUUUGUCAGAUGAAGUAGGGCUGCUGAGAGCGUUCCGGAAUGGCUAUAAAAAAUAAAAACUGUGGAGAAGCUGUAGUGCGCAGACGCAAGCGCUCCUGUCAGCCGUUCAUCAUUUCCUCGGCGUUUGCUGAUAUGCGUAGGAAUGCUGUUUGGGGGCAAUAAAUAUAUUUGCACUUGAAAAACUAAUUAAGCUUUAGAAAGAGCAAU